ACGUAGUACGGAGCAGAGUGAUAGACGAAGCUAGUAAUAGCUGUAAAGCUACAACGCAAUUUCGUGUAAACAAACAAAAGUCGUUCGAUUACGAUUUACAAGUGCAACUGUUAUAAAAUAACGGAAAGUUUUUAAACAAUAAAAAAAAUGUCUGCAUCACCUACUGCUCGUCAAGCCAUUUCUCAUGCGCUGCCCAUGGCCAUGGCAAAGACCAAGAAGGUCAUCAUAUCAGAUCCCAUCCAGAUGCCAGAGGUCUACUCAUCUACGCCCGGUGGCACCCUCUACUCCACUACACCUGGUGGCACUAAGCUGAUCUAUGAACGUGCUUUCAUGAAGAAUCUGCGUGGCUCUCCUCUGAGUCAAACUCCGCCCAGCAACAUCCCCAGCUGCCUGAUGCGCGGCACUCCUCGCACUCCCUUCCGCAAGUGUGUGCCCGUGCCAACCGACCUGGUCAAGAAAACUCAAUCGCUGAAAAUUGAGGAACAAGAACAGUUCCAACUGGAGCUGUAAACCGUCUCCAUAUGGAGCCACCUGAUUCCAAGCAGCAACUGCCAAAAUUCAUAUUUCUAUCAGUUAUCCACACUCACCUAGCUUGUAUUACCUCACUAGAUCAAUGAUCUGCUAUAGUGUUAGCUCUCAUCACUUAUAUCUAAGUUCUUCGUUUAAUUCUCAGUCAUAUUGAUUGAAUUUGUUUACGCAAUAUAUUUAAUAACUGUAG